AUGUCACACCGAGACCCUAAACGCGUAUGCACUACAAGCUAUCGGUAUCGACGACGAGUAUACCGAGAACUUUGGUCAGAUGAUAAAUCAACGACGAAACGAAGAGAGCUCGAUGGACAAUGUAUGCGAGGAAGGAAAGGGAAUAAAAAGCGGAAAGAAGAUGCGAGUUACGGUGGACAAUACGAAAGGGGGGAAGGGGCGACGGACACGGGCACAGAGGGAAGGGAGUGGCAGAGGUGGGGCUCACCGUUGCGUCGAGUCGAGGUAAUCGCUGCGGUUGUACUGUUUCGUUUUCACGGAGACGCCUUUGCUGGAGAUGUUGAUGCGUCAUUUAGUCUGAGAAGUGGUAUGAUGUAUCGGUUUGGGGUUACAUUCGAGGGCAGAGAAAGAGGUACGGCGGUUAUGGUGCCAGUGCAGUGCACGCUUGCUGCGACUUCAAGGCGCCGAGACGGACGUGGCGUUUGCGAGCGCAACAACUCAAAUGGCAUCGGGAAAAACAAAGAACGAAGGACUCACCAUGUAACGCUCGCCAGCCAGCCAUCUCAGGGUCAUGGAAAGCUGAGAGUGCGAGAAAACGGGCGAGCUCUGGGAGAGGGCGCGGAACGUGAGAAAAUGCGGGCCAUGCGCGUGGAGCGCGAAGGGUUCAAUUGGCGUUCGCCUUUGGAAGAAAGCUUUCAUUAG